AUGGAAGCUGACGCAGAGGCCGUUUACAUCGUCGAUGAUGACCCUGCGGUGCGUGAUGCGCUAUCCGUCCUGUUCAACAUGGAAGGCUAUGUUGUUGAAACCUUCUCUGACGGAGACACGUUCAUUCAGUCCGCGAGCAAGUCGGUUCCGGCAUGCGUCAUGCUGGACGUUCAUAUGCCCGGCAGGUCUGGUAUCGAGAUCCUCAAGGCAUUGAAUGCCGAGAAUUAUCCCGCACCGAUAUUCAUUAUCUCCGGCCAGGGCGACAUUCCGAUGGCUGUUGAGGCAAUCCGAAACGGAGCCUUCGACUUCAUUGAAAAACCCUUCUCCGCGGAAACUGUUCUUGACCGUGUCAAGGAAGCGAUCGCGGCGAUGAAACAGCGGGAAGACGAAGACAGGUCCCAAACGUUCGAGGGAGCAGACUUGCUCACCCGCAGGGAGCUCGAAGUACUCAAGCAGAUCACGGACGGGGCCUCGAACAAGGAAGCUGGCAGGACACUUGGGAUAAGCCCGAGGACCGUCGAGGUUCAUCGUGCCCGGAUCAUGGAAAAACUGGGUGCGCGCAACGCGGCGGAUCUGGUCAGGAUUGUGCUGGGGCAUCCAGCAGCCGGUUGA